AUGGAGGUGCCCAGCCCUCCCCGGAAGGGGCGGCUGUCGCCCACGCUGGCGCUGGCCACCCUGAGCGCGGCCUUCGGCUCGGCCUUCCAGUACGGCUACAACAUCGCCGUGGUCAACACGCCGCACAAGGUGCUGAAGGCCUUUUACAACGACACGUACUUCGCGCGACACGGGACGCCCCUGGGCGAGACGCACAUGCUGCUGCUGUGGUCCUGCACCGUGGCCAUGUUCCCGCUGGGCGGCCUGCUGGGCUCGCUGCUGGUCGGCCGGCUGGUGGACACGUGCGGCAGGAAGGGAACGCUGCUGAUCAAUAACAUCUUCGCCAUCGUCCCCGCCAUCCUGAUGGGAGUCAGCAAGGUGGCCAAGGCCUUCGAGCUCAUCAUCCUGGCCCGGGUGCUGCUGGGAGUCUGCGCAGGCAUCUCCUACAGUGCCCUGCCCAUGUACCUGGGGGAGCUGGCCCCCAAGAACCUCAGGGGCACGCUGGGCACAAUGACCGAGGUUUUCGUCAUCGUGGGCGUUUUCCUGGCGCAGAUUUUCAGCCUGCAGGCCAUCCUGGGCAAUCCCACAGGCUGGCCCGUGCUCCUGGCCCUCACAGGAGUCCCCGCGCUGCUGCAGCUGCUGUCGCUGCCCUUCUUCCCCGAGAGCCCGCGCUACACCCUCAUCCAGAGAGGAGACGAGGACGCUGCCCGACGAGCCCUGCGGAGACUGAGGGGCUGGGCCGACGUGGAGGACGAGAUUGAGGAGAUGCGUGUGGAGGGCCAGGCCGAGCGGGCCGAGGGCCGCCUGUCCGUGCUCAACCUGUUCACCUUCCGGCCGCUGCGCUGGCAGCUCAUCUCCAUCAUCGUGCUCAUGGCCGGCCAGCAGCUGUCCGGGGUCAACGCGAUCAACUACUACGCGGACACCAUCUACGCGGCGGCCGGCGUGGCGGCCGAUCAGUCCCAGUACGUGACCGUGGGCGCUGGCGUGGUCAACAUCGUCAUGACCGGCGUCUCGGCGGGCACCGUGGAGUGGCUGGGCAGACGGCUCCUCCUGCUGGUCGGCUAUGCCAUCUGCGGCUCGGCCUGCCUCGUGCUCACGCUGGCGCUCCUCUUCCAGAGCGCGGCCCCCGGGCUGUCCUACCUCAGCGUCGUCUGCGUCUUCUCCUACAUCGCGGGGCACUCCAUCGGGCCCAGUCCCGUGCCCUCGGUGGUGAGGACCGAGAUCUUCCUGCAGUCCUCCCGGCCGGCCGCCUUCAUGGUGGACGGGGCUGUGCACUGGCUCACCAACUUCAUCGUGGGCUUCGUGUUCCCUUCCGUCCAGGAGGCCAUGGGGGCCUACAGUUUCAUCCCCUUUGCCGCGAUCUGCCUCCUCACCGCCAUGUACAUCUACGUGGUGAUCCCCGAGACCAAGGGCCAGACGUUCGUGGAGAUAAACCGGAUUUUUGCCAAGAGGAACGGAGUGGAGAUUCCAGAGCCGGAAGAAGGAGCCGCAGAUGCUGAGCCUCACACGUCUCCGCCCACCAAGGGGACGUCCUUCUGA